CAGUUCCCAGUCUCUCCCUCUGCUUUCGCUGCGACGUCACGUCCAGGGCGGGAGCGCGCGCAUCCUGAGGAGGAGGAGGAGGAGGGAAGAUGGCGACCUCAAACAAUCCGCGGAAAUUCAGUGAGAAAAUCGCAUUGCACAAUCAAAAACAGGCAGAGGAGACAGCAGCGUUCGAGGAGGUGAUGAAGGACCUUAGCAUCACCCGGGCAGCACGGUUACAGCUACAGAAGACCCAAUAUUUGCAGUUGGGACAAAGCCGCGGGCAGUACUAUGGAGGGUCUCUGCCAAACGUCAAUCAAAUUGGGAGCAAUGCUAUUGACUUGCCUUUUCAGACUCCUUUUCAGUCUUCUGGGUUAGAUACCAGUAGAACAACUCGGCAUCAUGGUCUAGUGGACAGGGUGUAUCGAGAUCGAAAUCGUCUUGGAUCCCCCCAUAGAAGGCCUUUGUCAGUAGACAAACAUGGACGACAAGUAGACAGCUGCCCAUAUGGAUCGGUAUAUUUGUCGCCUCCUCCUGAUACCAGCUGGAGACGGACCAAUUCAGAUUCUGCAUUGCAUCAAAGUACAAUGAAUCCCAGUCAGCAAGAGAUUUUCAGUGGAAGUUCUCAGGAUAUUCAGCAGAAACGAGUAUUGUUGCUGGCUGUCCCUGGAAUGGAGGAUAGUUCUGAAGGAGAGACACCUCUUUCUAAACAAGGCUGGGAUGCAAAAAAGACUGGAUCUUCAAGGCCUAAGUCUUGUGAAGUCCCUGGUAUAAACAUUUACCCUUCAAAUGACCAGGAGAACACUACAAGCCUCAUACCUGCUGCACAUAACACAGGAGGUUCACUACCUGACCUAACAAAUAUCCACUUCCCAUCUCCACUACCAAUUCCAUUAGAUCCUGAGGAGUCUACAUUCCCAACUCUGACAAACUCUAACAGUACAGGCAAUCUAACAACCAAUUUAACUCACCUGGGUAUUACCACUGCCAGUCCAGGAAUGACGACAACGCAAGGGACAGUUACUGGGGCAUCGCAACAUCGCCAAUCUCCUGUAAGCCCACUGUCACUAAAUUCAGACUCAAGAAGGCAACAGUCUCAACAGAUGUCUCCAACAAUAUCCCCACUUUCACCUAUAACUCAGGCUGUAGCAAUGGAUGCGUUGUCAUUGGAACAGCAGCUACCCCCUUAUACUUUUUUUACACAGUCAGCUUCUCAGCAACAAUCACAAGUGCCAAGUGGCCUAUCGCAGAGUUCCUCAAUGAUGCAGGGCUCCAGUUUACAGAGAGGAACACAACUGCCUCCCCUUACUGUCUCAGUAUCAACAGUCCCUCAAUCUCCCCCUGGUAUCCAGACUCCUUCUUCAAUGGCUAUAGAUAUAAAUGCGGCCUCUCUCCAGCAGUACCGCAGUAGUGCUGGGUCCCCGUCCAACCAAUCUCCCACUUCUCCUGUCUCCAAUCAAGGCUUCUCUCCAGGCAGCUCCCCUCAACAUUCAAUCUUGAGCAGCAUGUUUGGAGAUGCAUACUAUGAUCAACAGAUGACUGCACGGCAGACCAAUGCAUUAUCUCACCAGCUUGAGCAGUUUAAUAUGAUUGAAAAUGCAAUUAGCUCCAACAGUCUGUACAGUCCUUGCUCAACCCUUAACUACUCUCAGGCAGCUAUGAUGGGACUUACAAGCAGUCAUGGUAGCUUACAGGACUCGCAGCAGCUAAAUUAUUCCAGUCACAGCAACAUACCCAACAUCAUUCUCACAGUUACAGGGGAGUCCCCACCAAGUUUAUCAAAAGAACUUACCAGUACAUUGGUUGGUGUAGGAGAUGUGUGCUUUGAUUCUGAUUCGCAGUUUCCUUUGGAUGAACUGAAAAUUGACCCUUUGACAUUGGAUGGACUGCACAUGCUAAAUGAUCCAGACAUGGUCUUGGCUGACCCUGCCACCGAAGACACUUUCAGGAUGGACCGACUGUAGACUGUAUAUUCUCACAUUCAAAAAUAUGAUGCCCGCUUCCCCAGCUGAGCAUAAAAGGUCAGCAGGUCAGCCAUUUUCAUGGCAACUGCUGAGCAGUAUCGCUCUGUGAUGUGCAAUGAGUAAAAUCUUGUUGUCCCAAGCUUGCAAUGCUACAAAUCCAUCAUUGUGCACCAUGUUUAGACCUUGUAAUUCACUCAUUGCAGCCGGAUGAAGGACUACAUAUAUAUUUUCAUCACGAACCUUUUCGUUGUGCAGAAUUGUCCACUAUAUUUGGCAUUAGAAUUAUCUUGACUGAGACUAGAAAAUGAAAGCUGCAGUUAUGGGAAGGCCUUAACAAAAAGAUACAUUGCUGCAUUCAGAUUUAAAAAAAGGGGUAAAUGGAAGGCUGGACCAUAAAGAAAAGAUUUC